UCAAGCGUCGCGAUCGGCGCCGAUCGCCAACGCAACCCACACCGAUCGCGACGCUUGAGCGUCGCGAUCGGCGCUGAUCGCCAGCGCUGAAGCGUCGCGAUCGGUUGAUUUGUUUGGGAUGUCGUUGUUACUGGAACACCCAUUCAGGAGGAUCAAUUUGAUUUGUUUUCUUUGAUGUCGUUGUUGCGGUUACAGCAGAGUUAUUUGGAAAGCUUGGAAGAGCUUUCUCAUCUACAGGUACUAAUGGAAACCAUUUCUUUGCGAAGAACAAAAGACAAUGGACUGAUUGUGCCACUUAAAACAAUAGAGAACUAUUAUGUGGAAUUUUCUAAAGAAGAACUUCAAUUGUACAACAUAAUGGAAGAGAAAGCUAAGCAUGUUUUCCAGGAUUAUGUUGAUUCUGAGUGUGAUCUAUCCAAGCUUGAAGCUGUUAUAAUUACACUCCUACAACUUCGCCAGUUAUGUAUUGAUUUGGGUUUGUGCGCUUCAAAUAUCAAGUCAAAACUUCUUGAUGAAAAUAUUGAAGUUGCUUAG